AUUCCUCAGGGUAAGGAAGAGCCCACAUCUACUCAAUAUGACAUGUUUUGAAAAAAACAAUUGUUGUUAUGUUUUGAAAACUCAAUAAUAUCGUCAUAAUUUGUUAUAUAAAUAAUGUUAUCUGUGAAAAAAUUCCAAUAAGUAAUCAAACAUGAAACAAGCUAUUAUUUUUAAUUUUCUGGUAUUUCUUUUGAGUUUAAGUAAAGAGCACUAACAUCCGACAUAGUAAGAAAAAAAUUACAGAAUCUGGUUAAAAGGUGGUAAACCUCUGUGAUAACCCUAAUUAAAGAUACAAUUACAUGAAGACCUUGUUACCAACAAUUUGUUCAUGACCACUCAUGGACAUGUUCAUAUUAGUUUCUGAUUUUUUAAGGUUCAAAGUCCAAGAAUUGAUUGUCUGUAUCUCAGCUUCUCUAUCCAGUAAUUUGACUUGUAGUAUUUCCUGUUCCUUAGCUGUUUCUGUUCAUUAUAUUAAUAUUUAUCUGUAUAAUAAGGGGAAAUCGUUAAUAAAAUACUAGAUUAAUAUACUCUUCUUUAAUAAUUUGAUAAGUUUGAUUAAAAAAUCCUAAUGUUAUGGACCAUUCUAAUUAUUAAGUCAAACAUGUAGAAAUACUAGUAAAAAUUUCCCAUCCUGAGUUCAUAUUGAGGCAUAACCAAGAAAUGGGAAAAGCCAUGUUAUGUUUGUCCAAAAGGGUGACUCUGGUUUUCAAAAUGGUAUUUUAAAUUUAGUAGUAAUUAACAAUCAGUAUUGACUUUCAUUGGUCUGAUUCUAUACUUCUUUUCUAUUUUUAUAUGUUGAGGAAUUUUCAUGGAAAAUACUAAUGAAUUCAACUCUAACAUCAUCAUUGUUUGUCCCUUUCCACCAUUUCUCUUGAUUGACCCUAAAGAUAACAAUUGCUUGAAUUUUUAAUUCAAUUGUAUUUUUUAAAAUCAUUUUAUGUGUAAUGUGGUUUAUACCUUAGUGUUUACUGGAACAAACAUACUGUAUUCUAACAUGUACACAACCAUGAUGAGAAAAAUCAAUUUCCUUUUCCCUCUCUUAGUUUCAAUAUGGCAUCAUUUGCUGAUAUUAUCAGCCACUGCAGAAGUCAAUCUCAAAACUGAUGAAGCUUCUCUACUUGCUUUGAAAUCCUAUGUUACUUCCGAUACUUACAAUAUCUUGUCAAGCAACUGGACCUCAACUACUUCUGUUUGCAAUUGGAUUGGAGUCACCUGCGGCUCUCGCCAUCAAAGAGUUAUAACCUUGGAUAUUUCUGAUAUGGGAUUAGUAGGCACCAUCCCUCCUCACUUGGGAAAUCUGUCCUUUUUGGUUUCUCUCGAUAUCAGUAGCAACAGCUUCCAAGGAAUUUUGCCACGAGAGUUGGCUAAUUUGCAUAGAUUGGAGUUUAUAAAUGUCACUUCUAAUAAGUUCACUGGAGAUAUUCCCUCAUGGUUCUCUCUUUUGCCAGAACUCCAGCACUUGCAUCUAGCUUUUAACAGUUUCACAGGUAUUAUUCCACCAGAUAUUUGCAAUGCUUCCAAACUUGAGAGUUUAGUCUUGGGAUUUAAUCAGUUACAAGGGGAAAUUCCAAAUGAAAUUGGUAAUCUUCAGAACUUGACUUGGUUGAGCUUGGGAUCAAAUCAGCUAACAGGCUCUGUACCACUUAGCCUGUACAACAUUUCAUCGUUACAACGCUUGGUUUUGACAAAAAAUCGUUUGUCUGGAAAUCUUCCUGUCGAUAUAUGCUCGAGUCUCCCACAACUUUUGGUGCUUGCAGUUUCUGACAAUGAAUUUGAUGGUCAAAUUCCUUUGGGAAUAGAUAAAUGCUCAAAGCUUCAGAUUUUGUCAUUGUCAUUCAAUAAGUUCAGUGGAUUGAUACCUAAACAGAUCGGGAACUUGAAUAUGCUGUCUAUUUUAUAUCUUGGUCGCAAUGACUUGAAAGGUGAAAUUCCUGAAGAGAUUGGAAAUCUUCGUAAUCUAGAGAUAUUGGAUGCACAGAACUGUAGCCUAAGUGGUCCUUUACCAUCUUCUAUAAGUAACUUAACUUCACUUCAAUCGCUCAAUCUUUAUGGAAAUAAUCUCUCUGGCACAUUGUCCCGGGAUAUAUGUUUGAACAUGCCUUAUCUCAGAGCAUUCGAUCUUGGGAAUAAUUUAUUCAGUGGAAGCAUUCCAAAAGAAUUUGGAAACUGCAGUUCACUUUCUGACCUCUUCCUAAGAGAAAACAACUUAACAGGUGAAUUACCAAGGGAGAUUGGUAAUCUUUUCAAUUUGGGAAGAUUAGAUCUACAUUACAAUUUCUUAACAGGUCCUAUUCCAUCUACAAUAUUCAACAUGUCAAACAUAAGGGGCAUUUCAUUUUUAGGGAACUUCUUUACUGGAACUCUACCAUCAGAUAUAGGACUUGGUCUUCCUAAUCUUGAAGAACUUUAUCUUGGUUACAAUAACCUUACUGGAGCCAUCCCUAAUUCUCUCUCAAAUGCUUCCAAUAUUUUCUGGCUUGGAAUUGGAUAUAAUGACUUUUCUGGUCCUUUUCCAAAGUCGUUUGGUAAUCUAAGACGUUUAGAGUACCUCAACGUGAACAGAAAUCAUUUCACAAGAGAGCCUUCAUCUCCAAGAUUGACUUUCUUUGAUUCCUUGACAAAUUGCAGACAUUUGAGACAACUCUGGAUAGGUUAUAAUCCACUCAAUGGAUAUCUUCCGCCUUCUGUUGGAAAUCUCUCAAGUUCUCUUGACUACAUUUAUGCUGCUAAUAGUGAAAUCAGAGGCUACAUUCCCAGUGAAAUAGGAAAUUUAAGUGGUUUGUCUUUCUUGUUUCUUCAAGGCAAUCACUUGAGUGGAUUCAUUCCAAGAACAAUAGGAAAUUCAAAGAACUUUCAAGCACUGAAUUUGUAUGACAACAAAAUGAUAAGUGGACCUAUCCCUGAGGAACUCUGCAAUUUAAAGAAAUUAGGAUUCUUGAGCUUGGGAAAUAAUGAGCUUUGCUGCUCUAUACCAGCAUGUUUAGGGAACAUUACAUCUCUUAGAUACAUUUACCUAGGUUCCAACAAAUUGACUUUUAGCAUACCUCCCAGCCUGUGGAACCUCAAUGAUCUCUUGCAUCUUGAUGUAUCGUCAAAUUCCUUGAAAAGCUCUCUACCUCCAGAAAUUGGAAAUCUGAAAGUCGCAACAUUGCUGAAUAUAUCGAAAAAUCAAAUCUCGGGAAGUAUACCAAGCACAAUUGGAGGCAUGCAAAAUAUGGCUGAACUUUCUUUUGCAGAAAAUAGACUAGAAGGGCCAAUUCCAGAGUCAAUGGGGAACAUGGUUGCCUUGGAAUCGUUAGACUUGUCUAAUAACAAACUCUCUGGUGGCAUUCCCAAAACAUUGGUGGCUCUUUCACAUCUCAACUACCUUAAUGUAUCUAACAACAGAUUGAGUGGUGAAAUUCCAAUUGGAGGUCCUUUCCUGAACUUCUCUUAUGAUUCAUUCCUUUCAAAUGAGGCAUUAUGUGGCCCUGCUAGGUUGCAGAUACCAGCAUGUAGGUCUAAUUCUCCUAGUAGGAAAAGAAAAAAGAAGGUGCUUCUUAUUCUGUUGAUCUUGUUGGUGGCUUCUUCAGUCAUAAUGCUCACAGUCAUGCUCACCAUCUUUUUGGUGAUUAGAAGUCGAAAGAAGGAGACAACUGUUGCUACUCAUCAGGCGGAUGCUUCUCCAGCCACAGUACAUGGAAGAGUUUCAUACCAUGACCUUCAACAAGCAACUGACAGAUUCAGUACAAGCAACUUGCUUGGCUCUGGAAGUUAUGGUUCUGUUUACAAAGCAACAUUUGGGAGUACUAUAGUGGCUGUUAAGGUAUUCAACUUGCAAACAGAAGGGGCAUUCAAGAGUUUUGACACAGAAUGUGAAGUCUUACGCAACCUUCGUCAUAGAAAUCUGACCAAAGUCAUCAAUAGUUGCUCCAGCGUUGAUUUCAAAGCCUUAGUAUUAGAGUACAUGCCUAAGGGAAGCCUGAAUAAUUGGCUUCAUUCCGGAACUUGUUCCUUAGAUAUCAUGCAGAGAGUAGACAUAAUGAUUGAUGUGGGAUCAGCAUUAGACUAUCUUCAUCAAGGCUAUUUUGUGCCAGUCGUUCACUGUGAUCUAAAGCCUAGCAAUGUCUUGCUCGACGAAGAUAUGGUUGCACAUGUGAGUGACUUUGGCCUGGCAAAGCUACUAGGGGUUGGAGAAAGUAUUGUACAAACCAAAACCCUUGCAACCAUUGGAUACAUUGCACCAGAGUUUGGAUUGGAAGGACUGGUAUCUACAAGGUGCGACAUUUACAGCUACGGUAUCAUGUUGAUGGAAACCUUUACAAGAAAGAAGCCAACAGAUGAAAUGUUUGCUGAAAAUUCAAGCCUGAGGGAGUGGAUAAGACAAUCAUGGCCACUCGCAAUGGACAAGAUAAUAGACCCCGAGCUUAUUAUACCAGAGGAGAAGAACAAAACAGGAAAGAUGCAGUGCUCAUCAUCCAUCAUGGAAUUAGCUCUGAGGUGCACUGCAGACUUGCCAGAGGAAAGAAUGAACAUCAAACAUGUUCUUGCUCAACUGAAGAACAUCAGAACUAUGUUGAAAAUGUAAUAAAUCACUAAAGGAUUGAGAAAGAUGAUUGUAUAUUUUUAUAUUACUGUUAAGUUGUUGAAUUGAACUUCUCAUGAA